GCGAACAUAAAAAGGACAUGUAGCCCCGCCGUUUGAAACGACACACUUAGCCACUUAGCUGGCUAAUUAGCUAGCUCGUUAAGCCUCGGACUCCAUUGUCCUCAUAAAUCAUUGACGUCUAAUGAUUUAACUCAUCGCGAACCCGCGGCAUUUAUGUAGUUAACUGGUCAUUUUGUUUUUCGAUGGCGUUCAAUGGCCACCAGCGCGACGAUGAUGCUGUCGACGAAGACGAAACGCCCUCGAAGCAGCCGCGGUCCAACAAGGAGAUGCCCGGUUAUUUCCGAAACGAGCCCGGCAGCGAGGCGGCCGCGCCCGCGGGAAGGGCCACACCCGACCGGCGGAGCUCCAACUCGACGGCGAGGCAUCGGAGCGACUCGGUGAAGAAGACCAGGCCGCCAUUUCCCUGGUUUGGGAUGGACAUUGGAGGCACUCUGGUGAAGCUCGUCUACUUUGAGCCCAAAGACAUCACAGCAGAGGAGGAGCAGGAAGAGGUGGAGAAUCUGAAGAGCAUUCGGCGCUACCUGACCUCCAACACUGCCUAUGGCAAGACUGGCAUCAGGGACGUGCACCUGGAGCUGCAGGACCUGACGCUGUGCGGCAGGACGGGCAACCUGCACUUCAUCCGCUUCCCCACGCACGACCUGCCGGCCUUCCUGCAGAUGGGCCGCAACAAGCACUUCUCCAGCCUUCACACCACCCUCUGCGCCACCGGAGGGGGGGCGUACAAGUUUGAGUCUGAUUUCCGUACGAUGGCCGACCUGCAGCUUCACAAGCUGGACGAGUUGGACUGCUUGAUUCGGGGGGUGCUGUACAUCGACUCGGUGGUGUCCAGCGGCCCCUCAGAGUGCUACUACUUUGAAAACCCCACCGACCCAGAUCACUGCGUCCAGAAGCCCUAUACACUGGAGAACCCUUAUCCCCUGCUGCUGGUCAACAUCGGGUCUGGGGUCAGUAUCCUGGCCGUCUACUCCGAGAACAACUACAAACGAGUCACUGGGACCAGCCUCGGCGGUGGGACCUUCCUCGGCCUGUGUUGCCUGCUGACUGGCUGCUCUACUUUCGAGGAAGCCCUGGAAAUGGCUUCUCAAGGGGAGAGCACCCGUGUGGACAAGCUGGUCCGGGACAUCUAUGGAGGAGACUAUGAGAGGUUUGGACUGCCGGGCUGGGCUGUGGCCUCAAGUUUUGGCAACAUGAUGUCCAAAGAAAAGAGGGAGUCUGUGUCCAAGGAGGACCUGGCCAGGGCAACACUAGUCACCAUCACCAAUAACAUCGGCUCCAUCACCAGAAUGUGUGCUCUCAAUGAGAACAUCGAGCGAGUGGUGUUUGUGGGGAACUUCCUGAGAGUCAACACCCUCUCUAUGAAGCUGUUGGCUUAUGCAAUGGACUACUGGUCCAAAGGCCAGCUCAAGGCCCUCUUCCUUCGGCACGAGGGUUACUUUGGUGCAGUCGGAGCCCUGUUAGAGCUUCUGCAUCCGUCCUAAUCCAUCCUAACUACAUCCAAAGAAGUACUUGUCAAUCUGCUGCAAAGACCAUUAGCACUUUAGACUGUUCACAAUCAAUUCCACAGUGGGUUGUUGCGCCAGCCACCCUCCAGGUACUGGUCAACUUUGGUUGUGGUAGGCACACAUUUUGGAAGUCCUGUUAUGUUCUCAGAAAUGAGGCUGGUUUGUAAAGUGACUUUUUUUUAGUUUUUCUUCACACGUCUGCUGUGGUGGUCGGUGGAUGCAAGUCGGUUUCCUGCCUUGAAGUUUUAUGCAGCAAAGCAGACAAAGUUGAUUGUGUGCAGGAAUUUGCAGAUAUGAGCCAGAGUUGGUCUGAAACAUCUCAAGGAAAAUCACCAGGGUUGCCUGAAAUACUUAUUUUAAAAAGUACUUGUCAUCAGGUAGGCUUGUCUUGUUGACUACAUUUCCCCCUCAGUGGGUGUCGGGUUCUGGGCCAAAUAUUUGCAACUACUUUUAACUGUUUAUUUUAGCUGACUUGGGCACCAGAUGGAUGGAGGUAUUUAGAGACUGUGACUGUCAGAAAGUAGUUUCAAAUGCCCACCUUAAGCUUCCAGAGCCAAAAAUUGAAAAUGCGUGUUCUAAACUCUGAUAUAUUCAGUUUGAGUUCAGAAUUGCAGUAAAUCUUCACAUUUAGGAAGGAUUUUUGUGUUAUUUUUUGCUAGAAAAUUGCUUAAAUUGUAAUGAUUGUCACAUGAUCAGCUAUUGUUCGAUUGAUUACCAACAGUGUGAGCUCUACGUAGUUCUAAAAAUGCACGCUGUUGAAGCAAACACCGCCGGUUACUCUUGUAAAAGUACUGGCUGUUUUCAGGAUUCUGUAACUGUAUGGUCCGGGCUGAGCUUUCAUCCACCUGGUUCUCUUGCCAGAACAAGCUAGAACACUGCAAAAUCCUAUAUGACCACUAAAUCUUAACCUUUUAUUAUCUGUGAGCAUUUAUUCAUUGUCACUAAUUGGAUUUGAGCUGACGUUGUGAAUGGUGAAUUGUAUUUAACAGUUACUGCAGAAAAACCAACCAACUUUUUCUCACUGUGUCACAUUUCAAGUUACAUUUAGUUCUCACUCAUAAACUGUUGGUUUAGAAUCAGUUUAGCGUUUUUAAAUGGUUUCUGUACCUAUGAACGGUAAAUAUUUCACUGUUACAGUACUUAAUUGAAAUCUCAAUGCUUGUAAAGUUAAUGCACCCGUUUGUCUUACUGAUAAAACUGCACCAUCAUCUGCACUGCUGAAGUGCCCUCAAGCCAUUGCAUCCUUCUACUUGUACAGAUACCUGCACAAAUAGUAGAGGAUGACAUUAGGGCAUAAGGUCCUUGAAUUUCCCAAGAUUCAAGAAAAAGUCUUUGAUGCAAAAAAAAACUUGAUGCAAACUUCCAGAGGAGGUGACCCCAGACCACUUCCCUCUAUGUUUAGUGUGUAUGCACUCGUGUCCUGGCGUUUUCAGUUUAAUUCUCAUCUUGGUCCAACAAUCCUCCUGAGGGUUCAGCUUUUGAUAAGGAUCUACAAAGAAGACCAUCUGAUGUGUUACUUGUUUGUUUCAUUUAAUCCGUCCCAUUUUGAUGUCCUCUCGUAGUUCAGUAUUCAGUCCGUCUAUGAUUUACAGGGACCACAGUAAACCCUAAACUACCUAAUAAAGACAUUUCACUCACUAAAUGGUUAGAGACAGUUAUCGGCUGUCAGCUACUGGAGAUGUUGCAUCUGCAAGUUGUACAUACAGCAAGUUGAGUUUAAAUUAAGUGCCUAUAAUGUUUUCUAUAGAAUACAACACUGUAUUCAGCAAUGUGAUUUUAAGAUUAGAAAAACUGACGUGUGUUUCUAAAGGUUUCCCUCUGUUGUUUGCUUGUACGUUGCAAAGAAAACUUUGUACUUUUUUGUAACAGAGCCAUGUCACAUUUCUUAUUGGAUUUCCCUAUUAAAUAGGAUCUCUACAUAU